AUGAAGGCCUUAAUCAGAAGGGAAUUCCAGACCUCAAGGUGCAACGAACUUAAAGCUCGAACACAGGAGAAACAGUGGACAGUGGCACUCUCCGACAUAGCCGACUGGCCAAGAAUCGAAGCCGUUGCUGUGUUUAGACCACGUACCGGACACGAUUGCUUGGCAAAAUAUCUUCACAGAUUGGGAUUAUACACUCAGCUCACAUGCCCUCUAUGUUACCUACAGGAGGAAUUGGAGAAGACUCACUGGAUUCGGUGUCCAGCCUUAAAGACAACGACGGAAAGCCAGAGAUACUGGGAAGCAAGAAGACAGGUAAUGAACUGCUAUUAA